GCUGAAUAGUCGAUGCUGGAACCUCGGAGUGCGAGUGUCUGUGUUUCUUCGUCCUUUGCGUUUCGUUGUCGUGAAUUCAUACGCGAAUAUAAUUCGCGUACGUAUACGUGCACACGGUAGAGAGCCUGGUUACGUACGAUUGUCGUGAACAGGUGGACGUCGAGGUCGCUCGCCUUCCUGCGCGGAACGAGGUUAGUUGACUUCGAAUCGAAUUUCGGGCAACACGUCGUCUCUAAAGGGGAACGACAUCGCGUUCAAAAAGUUCGCUCUCGUGAAAAACGACGCUUCUGUUUUGUCUACGUCGUCGAUCGCGCGAGUGUUGACACCGUACCCAUGGGGGGGACAAGGAUAACUUAACGAUCAAGUUCGAUUUCGCAUUUUUCGCGUGUGAUACCCGAUCGUCGAGAUAUAUUGGACGAGAAUAGUAUCGCGUGGUACCGGAGAUUGCACGAGUUCCUCGAGAAUCCAGUGUUGGUGUUACAUUUUCCCCAUAUCCGAGAGAAGAAUAUUCACGGGGGAAAAUUUGAAUGGUGGGGUGCCUGUUCUGCAGGGUCUGGUAUCAGGGCACGUUCGUGCAUUGACAGAAUCGAAUCGCAUUGACCGCAUUUCAGCAAACAGCGAAUCGAAAUAAAUCAAACAAACAAACGUUUCAAUCUACAUUUUGAAGCCUCUUUAGUAGCAGUUCGAUUCGUUUAAUCCGAUACUACGAUAGAGUAAAAAACAUCGAGGAACGAGGGAAACUUCUGUCAAUGUAAUAAUUAAGAGCAGCACCGAAUCCGAUAAUCGAAUUCCACCUAGCGGACUAAGGGACGUUCACCUCUCUAAGACCCGGAGGAAGAAGGCUAAGGGGAUCGAACGAAUUCGUCCCUCUUGCAGCCCUCCUCCGGUCAGUGGUACAUAAACGCACUUGAAGCUUGCCUUCUACAAACCCCAUUCCACCCUCUCGAAGGAUUUCAACCUUAACAUCGCCGAAGACACUGGAACGAUCGUUAUUCAGAUGUUGUUGGAUCAUUCGUCGCGUAUUUAACACUUUAUCCAGCAGAGGAAAAUUCGAUCCCGAGAUUAAUCUACUUGGACUCGAGAUAAAAUUCGCCAGGCUCGCUUUAAGCGCCAAAAUCGCUUCUAAAUUCGCAUUCGAGAAACGUGAGGAGACUUUUAUAGACUGCUCGAGGCAGUUGAAGCAUCGUCAACCUGGUCCACGAGGUCCAGACGUUAUCACCGAAGAGGAAGGGCACCCAGAUCAGGUGCCGAUAGAAUUCUAUACGUUGCCAUCAGUUGUAUAACACCUCGAAUCAUCUUGUGUAUCAAACCACACACGCUAAUCAAAGCGGCGUUAGAUGUGUCCAAGGGGUCUGCACUGAAGUCAGACGCCUCCACACAGGAGGAAGAGGUUCCUUUGAUCCGAUAAUCGUACAAUGGGGCUACCUUGGUCGAUCAGUGGAUCGAAUUCGGUGAAUCGGUAAAGUUGAUCCAGAAUUUUCUCCGACGAGCCAACGAAUCUCGAAUUUCCGAGGAUAACAACGAACCGUGAACGAAUGUGCAGGUCCGCGGAAAGGGAGGAUGCCCAGCUGGCUUUGGACAUGGGAUAGAUGAUAGAUCGCGAACGAUGGGGUGGUAGAGUGGAUAAAAAGAGUAAAAUGGAUUGGGGGCCUCAGCUCAGGUAGCCAGAGCUACCGCUGACCAUUGGUAACUUUUCUUCAAGUUUUCUCUACUCUUCAUGGAGGAGGUUCGCCCAACGAUGGUGAACGUAAUUUCGUAAAGACUGUUGCUUGGUUCUCUGCCAUUGGUGUAAAGAGGUAGCUGGUUCUUAGGCUUCGUACCAAAGGGAUUUAUCCUGGCUUGAAUAGGGUGGAUUCGAAGAAGAAGCUCGACGCUAGUCUAUCGAAGCUACUCCCCUGGCUCGUAAGAAAAAGACUGAAUCGUUAGUUUCGUGAUCGUUAAUUCGUCUAUAAAAUAUAUCUAAAUAUCGUGUCUCUUAGAAUUUCACCGUAGCCUCAUUCGUCACUCGUGCAUAUCUUUCUGGAUCUCACAAAUAUCAGCACCGUUGCGUUUUCAACUAUUGUACACAUCUUGGUCGUACAAACGAGCGCAGUAGCGAAAUAAAAAAAAUAUAUAUAUAUAUAUUGUAUAUAUUUAUCUAUUUACACAUAAAGUACCAGAGACUAUUUUGCUGCCUAAUAGAAGUCUUCGCGGAAAAAGUGUCGCGGACGGCACGGCGGAAGGUAAAUAUUUCUCUUUUUCUGUGAAAAAGUUUUCCCCGUGUCGGAGGAGACUCCAGCCGCGAAACGAAAAGGACUUUCGUUUGUAACGAGACUAUUUCAUUUCGGGGAGUGUUUAACGAGAUUGUACGGACACUCGGGACUUCGGGGUCAGUGAGAAGUGAAUCAGUGCGAUCGCUAGGCCGCAAGAGAGCAGGAUGGGUUGUGGUCAGAGCAAAAUCGGCAACAUCUAUCCGAAGAACAAGAAAAACAAAAACAACAGCAGCAAGAAAAACGGCGAUUCUGUGGGUUCCGCGUCCGUUGAACAGAGAAAUGGAAACGGUAGCGCCAAGAACCAUAAGACCAACAACAACGGGGUCGAGGUGAACAGAAACGAGGAAGAAAAUGGCACAGGCGACGCCAAGGGUCAAGCCAAGAAGAAACCGAGCGCACCUGGAAGCGGACCUCUGUUGCAACAAGCAGAGAUAUCCACCAGUCAGCUCGACUUCUUCAAGAUGCUCGACGAGAAGAUCGAGAAUGGUCCAGAUUAUGACGAGAGUCUCGAUAUGACGGCCAGAGCUGAGCGAGUUUCCAGCCUCCUUCGUCAAUGGGAACUGGCUAGCGUGACCUGGUCCAGCAUGACAGAGUUAAGCAAUGCAUCUCCUUCCUCGAGAAACCGUUUCUCCAUAUCAAACGCGUCGCGGCAGAGUCUAAGCCCGAAAGAUAGAGAAGGGAUGAGGAACAUAAUCGGCGGUAGACCGGAGAGCGCUCCUAUAUACAUGAGAAACGCGAACCGAGUGGACGGUCUCCAGGAGACUCAUCACUGCCCCUCGCCCAACAUGCCCAGACACGUGUUGGAGUCGAUCACUCAGAGUCCAACGCAGAGCCUGAAGAACGUAACACCGCCAGGCUCGUCCCCUACCAGUUUGCGCUAUCAAGACAGCUACAAGGAAUGCAACGCCAAUCAGCCGUCCACGAAGACCAUGAAGGUGCACUACGGUGGACAGAAUCCCGUGAACGGUGAAUACGUGGCCCAACAGGCACUCUAUCGCGAACAGUAUUUGCAGCAAACCGGUAUCAUCUCGGUCCAAUCGCAAUAUUCGGCCGGUUCUCCAGGUGGAAACGUUCUCAGGAACAGUCCGUACGUGCAGCAAUACCAGCUCACUAGCCCUCAGCAUUUCUCGACACCGAGGAAGCGAGGCUUCAACGCUGCGCAAAUGACGUGACCGGUAUGGCCAUACACCACCACCAGAUAAGACUGAAAAGACACCUCCGCGAGUCGUGAAGAGAAAGAGGAAUGGCGAACGAGCUGGACUCGACGAUGGAUCGUUUGAUCUUCCCCUCGUCGAGGCGAUCUUCAGAGAAAAGAAAGGAGAGAGAGAGCCCCAAGAGGCGGCUGGAGACUGACCAACAGACGGAGAAAGAUAACGAAUGUUUCUCUGUAUGUUCCUAAAGAUUCCGUACAUUUUCGUUUGCGAUCACCUACCAGGCGAACACGAGAAACAAAGACGCACCGCUGAUCGCUGUGUACUGGACGCGGUGCCGGAUUUACACACGUACGAAGCUUCUGUGACGAUACAGAGGCUGUCAUCUUUAAAAAUAAACCACGUGCGUCGCUUGGACGACGACUGAAGUACUAUAUUUCUGGAUUCACGCGUAUGGUUAUUUCUCAGAUAGCGCGCAGGCCAAUCAAAUAUUUCUCGUGGAAUAUAGAAAGCGUCAACUAUCAAUCGGUUAGAAAAAUUUCGAUGAGGAAAGCAACGAAAUAUACCAGUAUAAUGAUGAAUAAAUGAACGGAUUUGUAUGUAUCAUCGAUGUAAUAUAUAUCAUUUAUUUCUUAAGCGGUCUUAUUAACAAAAUUUAGAUCCAUAAAUUUAAUGCUAUAUUUCUUACAAAUAUUAAACAUAUGUACAAGAUAUACGUGGUAAUGAAAUGUAUAAUAUGUGCACAAUAAUAUACAAAUAGAACAUACUACACUAUUAAUUUAAUUCUGAAAUCGCGGUUCGACGAUGCUGCGGACUAAAGUGAUUGUAUCUAAAAGUAAUAGUUUUACGCGUGAACUGCACAAAAAUUGCAGAAGUACUUACACGUUACAAUUUCCCGAACAAGAAGAGGGAAAUAUUAUUUCGAAAAACUGUUUAGAUUCUGUGAAAUAUAGUAGUACUUCAGUCACUUUACGGAUGACACACGUAUUCCCUUUUUUUUUUCUCUAAAAAAAAUUGCAGCCUUUGCAUCGUUACAGGCGCUACAGGCCUAUGCCGCAUUCAGUACAUUACACGGAUCAGUAAAACACACACACACACACACACGCACACACACACACACACACAGUAGCACAUUAUAUUUUUGCAAAAAUGAGAAAUGAUUUUUGACCAAAAUGGAAAUGAUAUUUAAAACGUAAAGAACAUUUACAAAUUCGAUCUCAUAUCUCAACGUCAUCGUCAAUAUCAUUCGAAUACGUAUUUAUUAAAUUGAUAAUUCAUCGAUGAUAAUACUUAAUUAUACUAAGUUUUCACGUAAUGAAACUUAUUCCUAGACAAAACGUCCUUUUUGCCUAUAGGAUAAUGUGCCACUGCACAUAGACUCACAUAUAUAGACACAUAUUGGUGAUGGCCUAAAGAUUCGUCGCUCCUGACGCAACAGUGUCAUCCUUCUACGUAAAUUCUUCUAAAGUCUACCAGAAUUCUUCGCUAUCAGUGCCAAAAUGCUACGUAAGCAAUUUAAAGUGUUGCGGUAAAGGGAGACAUUGUCCGUUGAACCAAUACUGUUCUUUGUAAUUCGUGUAAAUGGAAACUUUUUCGAUGUGUAUAUGAUAUACAUAUAUAUAUACUUUUUUUUGUUCCGUUCAUUCUUGUACAAUACGAGGCACGAAACUUGUCCCGACGUCAUAAAAACAUCAACGCUGUCAGCUGAGGAACAAAAUCCACGUGAAGCGUAAACUAAAUCCGCGGUAGACUUAUGCUCGAACGUUUCACGAUUUCCGUAUGUAAUGAAACGUACGCCAAUCAUUUUUCCAUGUAGAAACUCUGAAUUAUAAAUCAGUUUCUCAACUAACUGCGUAGGAGUUCUCACAAAUUCAGGAAAAGUUUUGGGCUUCCUAUUGCAUCUCGGUUCUCUUUUUCUAAUCGGGUAGCGUCCCUGCGUACCACCCCAUUGGUAAAUGUAUAUUUCUAUAAGGGAAAAAUGUAAGAAAAACAAAAAAUAUCACUUGGAACCACGAACGAACACAGAUUUCGCUGUAGCGUUUUGUAUAAUUGUAUUAGCGAGAUAUAUUCCAAGAUAUAUAUAUAUAUACUUCGCAUACACGUGUUUAUACAUUUAUGUAUGCAUCGAAAGAACAACAACAAAACGAACAGAAAAUAGACAUCUGAUGUGUAGGAAUCUUUUACUUAUGCCGUGUAUAGAUUCGCUGUAUAUGUACUGUAUGGAUUAUACAUUUAACUUAACGUGAUGACUGUAUAUUUAUAUGUUGACCAUGUUCAAAUGUUAACGAUAUAUAAUAGUUGAUAAUGAUGAGAGUUUUAUAUUUCAUGUUACGAGUACGCUCUAUAUUGUGGAAUACACUUUAAUCGAAUUCGCCUGCAUCACGCUGUCGAACUGUGACUACUAUAUUUCGUUCCAUUGAACAACUCUUUUUUUUUUGUACAAAUAAAUUCAUAAUUUCUCCCCAAUGAAAAA